AAUCCUGCCCGCCACAAAGAAGAAAAGCUAUUAAUAUCGGCAUCGGCAACGGAUGAAGCGCAUCCGUCCGUUCCUCUUACCUGUUCCAGCGACAUGUUUCACGUUAAUUAUCUCCCGGUGGAGUUUUUGAUAAAACCUUCCUCAGAGCUAAUCAGGCAAGAAAACGUGUCUUUAAUCGGCAAGACUGCAAGAGUGACAGAGAUAGGCAGUGUGAAGGUGAAAAGAAUAUCUGUUCGGUUCCUGUUUGCCAAAAAGGGGAGGUUGGUCAGAUCCGUAUUGCGUUAAGGGUUGAUUGUUUCACUGCCAGUAACGUCUUCUGCCUAACGCUAUUCUGACGUUGCUGGAUAUUCUGGCCGAAUUCUUGUCUUUGCUUGCUAAUUUUGAUUUGGUAUUUCUUUUGCCAGCGACCGGUGCAUCGGCAGGUGUUCAAAAGAAAUAAGGUAACAAGCAAAUAAGAUUAUUUCCAUUAAACUCAUGGGCCAAACAGCGUAGUUUCCGUUGAUUUAAACGAGUUAAGCCUUUGGCAGCCGGUUUUAUGUUAACCGUGCAGACGACCGUUUGUCAGUUUGACUUAUGCUCGAUAGACGGCUGUGAAUGUGUGCGUGACGCCGCCCGAAACGCGUUACCGUCGUCAUUUUGUAUUUGUAGCGCGCUUUCAUCCCACGCCGCAAAUAAAGUGCGAAACUUCAGAUUGUCAUGGGUGAUACAGACGACAGUGGUCAGUCGCCGUUGUGGCACGAAUUUGACCAGUUUCUGGCGUACAUCGAGGUAAAUCCUGGCCAUCGCCCGCUAGCGUUGGAGCCGGGAGUCGGCGGCGCCAGCAGCACCGACGCGAUGGACGUGUUAGAGGUUAGGUCGGUCGAUUGGGAAACGGCACAGAAUGUUGAUGAGAUACAAGCCGGUCUGCUAGCUUCACAAGACAUGAUGAAUGAACCCAUGGAUUGCGAAAAUGGCGGUGUAUUUGACUCGUGGGACAAUUUCUCCGAUGCUUUGCUCGAGACGACGUUGAAUGCCCCGCCGACCCAGAGCGCUAAGGCCGGUUACGCCAACGAUUUUCAAGAAUCGAUCGCUGUAACUACGGAAAUGGAAACGUCGGUCGUCGAAAAGCCAACGAUUAAAGAAAUAGCGACAAACGGUGGAACGGUCAGCGUACUGAACAAUGAUGGUAAACGGAAACGUAAGCGGGCCGUGGAUAAAAGUUCGAUCAAACUGCUGAUAAAGUUAGCGUCCAGUAUUGCCGAUCUGCAGCCGACAGACGACACGUUCGAUGAAAAACGAGACUCACAGAAGAAACUUAAAUCGAACGCGGUUGAGGAAGUUGAGCAUUAUUUCAGUAAGCCGCUUGGCGACGAUUCGGCUGGAGACUCUAAGCUACAUUCGGACAAUACUUUAGUAGCAUUUACAGUGUCGGAUUUCGAUGCGAUCUGCAAGUUGGCGAUUACCCAUGCCGCAUUAGAAGAUCGCACUGUACGCCCAUUGCCAAGAGUGAAGCUAAAGCCUCAGCCGGCGCCUGUAUGUAAUUCCGAUUCGAAACCGGCCGCAAGGUAUCACAUUGUGGAACUAUACCGCGGGAUGCCAAAAUCAAGUAAAAACAUGUUAAAAGCGCAAGGCUUGCAGCCAGCCCCACCAAUUCAAAAGCGAAAGCAAACGGAAAAAGAUUCUGUGGAGGUUGUACAGCGAAAGAGAAAAAAACCAGACAUACCAAUGCCGCUUCAUGCAGCUAGCAAUAGAAAAAAUCGUGUUACGAGUGCCGUACCUAUGAUACCCAGGAUUGCAGGACAGCAUAUGAAUACUCGUGCAAGUAAUAUGGAUGCCAUGCCCUCAACCAGCGGAACAACUGGAUCCGCAGAAGCAGAAUUGCCCAAACAGUCGGUCGAUGGCCGGCGUCAUCCAAAUGUUCCUUCGAAGUACCGCUGCGGCACAUGCCACAAAAUCUACCUAGGAAAACGUAUGCAACGUCAUCAGUUCACAAAUCCGACCCAUCGCACGGUGGCACAGAUGGAGGAUGAGAUUUCAAAAAGUAUCCAAGAAGAUAAUGUACAGCCAUCGAUCUCUACGGAACUGACACUAACCGGAAAAGAUAAAGGACAACAGACAGGUCGACUGAAUCAACUAAUUCAAAUUGUCUCGGCUGAACCGGAACCCAACCGUACCCGAUUGAUGCAGGAGUUUUGGCAGCAAAUGCGUGAUUUGACACCGAAUCUCACUGACGUCGCGAUGACGGAGGCCGAUCCCAAAGUUUUUGCGCAAGAUUUGGGCAAUCCAAACAUCGGUCAAAUCGAACAACCCAAAACGCUGCACCAGAACGUACAACAUAUGAUGCAGUUUGACCAGGAUAAUUCUGCUCCCGGUGGUCCGGUGAUGGGAGGUGGCUUGGUACGACCGAAUGUACCCCGAGCGGUGAAUGCAGCGCCUCUUGGAAGAAUGGAUACUCCGGCUGCACUGCCAAACGUUAGUAUUUUAGAUGAACUGUUGGCUACGUCCGGUAUACAAUUGUUGGACGACCUCAGUGUUUUGGAACUAGAUCAGCAUGAUCUUUUCUAGUUUCUUACUUGCUUUGGGAUUUUUUUCGGAGAACAGCUAAGAAUGCCAGUCAACCCAUGAACUUUUUUUUGACUGGCAGGCUCAGCGAAAUAAUUGUUGAAGUAAACACACUUUAUCGUAUAGUAUGUUCCCAUGUGCCAUAAGAUGCACGCAAUGUGAACCUGUACCUGAAUUUGCAGUGCUAUCCAGAGUUAAAAAAACAGCAGUUUAUUGUUUGCAUGUUUUGGGAGCUUGUCAGCAGUUGCAAUUGGCAAAGGCACACACUGUAUGCAUGUGUUAACUGUCGGUUACGACAAAUUGAAGUACUUCUGAGAGUGGUUGAUAGGAAAGCGAAAGAAGUAUUAUAAUUGAAUAAGUGCGCUAAAGUAUAAAACACGUGAACUUAACUGCUGAACCUUAACUCUGAUCUGAACCGUUUGAAGUUAAUGGUAGACUACAGAACGGAAGCAAUUAGAUUGCUUUCAUUCGAAUGUGAUCCUAGAAGAUGAUUGUUCCUUUAGAGUUGCGGCAAGAGAUAAAUGUUCGGUUGAUUUGAGAUGAAAUAAGAUUCAAAAUUUCAAUUGAUUGUCAACAGAAGAUUGAGUAUGUUUUGGCUCUCCGAUUCCAGUUAGUUAUGAGAAAUAUCAGUACAUUGAUAACAUCCAUUCCUCCUGAAAUUUUUAUGGCGGUAGGGAAUGGCUUAAACAGAUAAGGCAGCAGAAUUAUAAAACAUUGAAGUAAUUAGUUUCAAAAGGCGAUGGAUUGAACGAAUAGUAUUAGCAAUUACUUUAUAGUUUUUAGAUUGAUCUCUUGGCCGAUUCCGGUUUCUUAAUUAAUAUACGAUACAACAUACUUUUCUUUAUGUAAAAUUCCUUGCUGUGAGGAUUAGCAAGUAUGUGUAAUAUCAAUGCAUUGAUAACAUCAAUUCCUUUAGAGAUGUUGAUAAUGGCGGUUCAAACGCUAGGCAACAGAAUGAUUACAUUGCGGAAAUUUACUAUGUUUGAUUUGAAGUAGCGACCCGCGAACGAACAGUUACAGUGAAAUAGACGGUUAGUCGAUUUCUGUCGCAGGAGGAUUUGAACUUACAAUUGAUUAGCCUAGGUCAGAUGAAGGUUUUACACUUGAUGUGGGCUAGUCUACUAGAAGGCAAAGUUUGAAUUGGUUUUGAAUUCAAUUGAUCAUUUUUGGGAAAAAAAAUCAGUUCAUCAGUUUACAUCCACUUCUGUGACGUUGAAGAUAGUAGUGAAAAGUGGUUUGGUUGCAUCCAAGCCAGUAGAACUAUUGCAUUGGGCAAGUAUUGAACUAAUUUGUAAAACCGAAGGCUACAACGAAUGGUAUUAGCAUUUAUGUGUUUGGUUAGAUUGAUCUCCCCA